AUGGAGCAGAGACUAAAAGCUGACACUUGUCCGGGAGCGUGGAAAGAGGGUUCCGCAGAUACUGGAACUUCGUCGCAGGACCUGAACACCAGAAGCCUGAACGUAGCUCCCAAACUUAAUGUGAUCACGUGUGUCUGGAAAACGAUUUGUGCCAUUGGUCCUGAGCAGAACCGCUCGGUGAGUCCUGGAGCCCCUUUCCCAUCUGCACACUUUUGUGCUAACCAAUUUGCGGACUACCGUAAUCCGUUCCGCAAAUUCAUUAACGCACCGGCUGUUUUUAUGGAUUAA